GGCAGAAGUGAGUCGGAGCGUCAAUGAAAGACUAGAAAAUGGUCUUAAGAAGAAAUGAAAGCGGAAGAACAACAAACGCAGCAGACGAUGGCCGUGAAUGAAUGCUCCUUCUGCGCUGUAUUUGACGCAAAGAAAACCAAGUAUCUGUGUUCCACCCGCAGGAGCGCGGGAACAUUCACCAUCAGCCUGACAGACGCAGAAUCUGUUUGGAGGUCGGAGCUGUCGGAGGACGCGCUUAUGCAGCGUACACAGAGGCUUGCCUUGAAAUCCACGGAAGAAUACAUCGUAAAGCUCAGGGCGUCCUGCAAGAGCGCCGAUGCUACUGCCGUGGUGCACGGCGCCACUGCAGAUCUGCACGUGGGAUCGGGCUCAGGAGCGCCAGCUUUGACCCUCAGCAGGAUGGAAGGCCCCCAGGCCACGGAGGAGCUGCGAGAGCUGCUGUUCUUCAUGGCGGACAGGCUGGCACAGCAAGGUGAAAGUCCUGCUGCCAGUCCAAUGAAAAGCCACCACAGGUGGACUUCAGAGCUGGAGCCCAGGCUGCAGCAGAACGGCUCUUCGUCAGUGACAGUGAAAAGAAGACUUCCCGGAGCUUCACUCAUCAACCCAGGAACCAAAAAGAAGCUGCAAGCGACCGGCGUGGCCUUUGACGACGUAUCUGAAGACUGAUCAUCUUCCCUCCCUCCUCGCAGAGCUGGUUUCACCCUACAUCAAAGCUUCUUUUAGGAUCUGAAUGAAAUCACUGUUUAUUUAUUUUUAGCAAAAGCUUUUAAUCUGCACAUUUUUAAAAUCACAUUCAUGAUCAUUCGUUUUUAACGCUGUUUUUACUGGAAAUGAAAUAAAGAUCUUCAACUUUUGAAAA